UUGGCAUUUUUAGAGAGAGAAAGUGAGUAAUAGUUUCUAGAGAGAGAGAGAGAGAGGGAGGGAAGGAAAGAGUGCACGCCUUAGAGCAUCAGAGGAGGCAGUUAAUAUCUUUUGGUAUAAUUUUAAUGGAGCUCUCUUCUGCUGUGCCCUAACGCUCUCUGAAAGGUCGAUUUUUCUCUCUCUUCUUGUUAUAGAAGCGAAGCUUUCUCUCUCUUCUGAAUUCUUUGCAAAUGAAUGGUAUAAUAGAUUCUGUGUACCUUAUGAUUUGAGCUUCAAGAUUUGAGCUGCUUGUUUGUAACACUCGGAGAUGAAAACCUAGGUUUAUUUGGUCUCUGGAAUGAAUGGUUUUGGCGUGAAACUCUUGAUGAUGAAUCACUAUUUGUUUGGAGUCUGGUUAUGAUGGGGAAAAUCAGGGUUGAUAAUCGUUCAUAGACCUUAACCUAACUCUUGGCUGUAAAUUUCCUUGAUAAAACGGUAAUUUUAUUUGGGCUUCCAUUUGAUUGUGAGAUGAACCUAAUUUUGCUUUGUGAUGAUAUUGUUCAUUGGACUCCCCUGUUACUGCAACAAGAACCCUGUUUUCAUUGGUAAUCCUUAUCGCUUCUAUCGUUUCUAUCGAAAUUUAAUUUUGUCAAGAAAAUGACCUCUUUCUUUCGUGCUCUACACCUCUAAUUUUCAUAGGAUUUGGUUACUCCUGCAAUAAAACGUGGCUCUUUUCGUCAAUCCUUAUUGUUGUUUCCAUUGAAACCUAAAUAUGGUUGAGAACCAGUUCACUCUGGGUCCUAGAAAUAAUGUUUCCUGGUCUUUAGCUGCUAAUUUUCAUUGGAUUCGACUAUAUCAGCAAUAAAGUGUCUGCUUUUUGCUGUUUCAAUCAGAACGUGAACUUGGACAAGAAUCCGGGCAUUUCCUACUGAUACAGAUUGUACGAUUUCCUAUAUUUGAACAAGUCCCUAUUUUUGAAUAAGGAUUAGGCUCAUCUAUCAAUUGACGCCGCUCCCCCCUUCCCAAAAUGAGAUAUAAAAGCCCAUCUAUCAUGAAAGGAAAGAUGCUAUCUAGGUCUUGCACCAACUUCUUGAACCUAGCCUCAGGUGACGAGCUCCCCAAUCUCGACCGAGCACUUAGGAAAUUACCUCGAGUCAUGACAGAUCCAGGUAUACUUUCUGACUUUGAUUGUGUGUAUGAUGAAAGUCAAAACAAUAGAGCACCUUCAGAUAUGGUAUAUUCCAUGGUUCAAGAGCGAAGGAUUAUAGUUGCUAACCAACUUCCCCUUCGCUCCCAAAAGAAUGCCUUAACUGGAAAGUGGGAGUUCGAAUUGGACGAGGACUCUCUCCUCCUCCAACUCCAAGAUGGGUUCCCGAAACAAAUAGAAGUCAUAUAUGUGGGCUGUCUCAGGGUUGAGAUCAGCCCAAAUGAACAGGACGAUAUUGCCCAGUUCUUGCUCAAGGAAUUUCGUUGUGUCCCCACAUUUCUAACCGCUGAAACUCAUUCCAAAUUUUAUCAUGGUUUCUGCAAGCAUUAUCUUUGGCCUCUUUUCCACUCCCUGCUUCCGAUUACUCGAAAUCAUGGGGUUCGAUUUGAUCGAUCCCAUUGGCAAGCUUAUGUUUGUGCAAAUAAGACUUUUGCUGAUAAAGUAAUGGAGGUUAUUAACCCAGACGAGGACUAUGUUUGGGUUCAUGAUUAUCACCUAAUGGUCUUGCCCUCUUACUUAAGAAAAAGGUUCCCUCGUGUGAAACUUGGGUUUUUCUUGCAUAGUCCAUUUCCUUCAUCUGAGAUCUACCGAACCUUACCUGUUCGAGAUGAGAUUCUUAGGACAAUUCUUAAUUGUGAUCUGAUUGGAUUCCAUACUUUCGAUUAUGCUCGCCAUUUUCUUUCUUGUUGUAGUAGAUUGCUUGGCCUCGAUUACGAGUCCAAACGUGGGUACAUUGGGCUCGAGUAUUAUGGCCGGACUGUGAGCAUCAAGAUACUCCCUGUUGGAAUUCACAUGGGUCAGAUUGAAUCGGUUCUAAGUCGAACCGAGAUGGCAACCAAGGCCAAAGAGCUCAAAGAGCAAUACAAGGGAAAGGUGGUGCUUUUGGGUGUGGAUGAUAUGGAUUUGUUUAAGGGUAUUAGCUUCAAGUUUCUUGCUUUGGAGCUACUCUUGAGGGAUCACCCAAAUUUACGAGGCAAAGUGGUGCUUGUUCAGAUUGCUAACCCAGCAAGAAGCAGGGGCAGAGAUAUACAGGAGGUCCAAAAUGAGACCCGUGUCAUUGCUGAAAAGAUUAAUGAGGCUUAUGGUUCUCCAGGUUAUGAGCCUGUGGUCCUCAUCGAUCGCCUAGUUCCAACCCAUGAGAAAGCUGCCUUUUACUCCAUUGCCGAGUGCUGUGUGGUGAAUGCAGUUAGAGACGGUAUGAACCUAAUUCCCUAUAAAUACGUGGUUUGUCGACAAGGAAGCGCUAGUUUGGAUGAAGCCUUUGGUUUGGCUCAUGAUACUCCAAGAAAGAGUAUGCUUGUUGUCUCUGAAUUUAUUGGGUGUUCACCCUCCCUUAGUGGAGCUAUCAGGGUCAAUCCAUGGAACAUUGAGGCAGUAGCAGAAGCCAUGAAUUCAGCCAUUACAAUGGCCGAUACAGAGAAGCAAAUGCGGCAUGAGAAGCACUACAAGUACGUGAUUUCCCAUGAUGUUGCUUAUUGGGCUCGAAGUUUCGACCAAGACUUGAAGAGAGGAUGUCAAGAUCAUUUCCUUAAGAGGUGUUGCGCAAUGGGGUUUGGCUUGAGUUUUAGGGUUGUGGCUCUUGGCCCCAACUUCAGAAAACUUUCAGUUGAGAGGAUUGUGUCGGCUUAUAGCAAUACAAGAAGCAGGGUGAUCCUGUUGGAUUACGAUGGCACCAUGAUGCCACAAACUUCCAUUAGCAAAACACCCAGUUCUGAUGUUAUAUUUGUAUUGAAUGGCUUAUGUAGUGAUCCUAGAAACAUCGUCUUUAUUGUUAGUGGAAGAGGGAAGGAUUCUCUAAGUGACUGGUUUUCACCUUGCGAGAAGCUGGGGAUUGCAGCUGAGCAUGGGUACUUUGUAAGGUGGAGUAAGGAUUCUUCUUGGGAGUGCUGUUUAUUAGGUGCUGACUUUGACUGGAAAAAGAUAGUUGGACCUGUGAUGAAACUAUAUACUGAAACCACUGAUGGCUCUUACAUUGAGCACAAAGAAAGUGCAUUGGUUUGGCAUCAUCAAGAAGCUGAUCCAGACUUUGGAUCAUCCCAGGCAAAGGAGCUUCUAGAUCACCUGGAAAAUGUUCUAGCCAAUGUACCAGCGGUUGUUAAGAGGGGUCAACAUAUUGUGGAAGUCAAGCCACAGGGAGUAAGCAAGGGUGUUGUAGCUGAAAAGCUUCUCUCAGCCAUGGCAUCAAGGGGAAAGCCAGCUGAUUUUGUGCUUUGUAUUGGAGAUGACAGGUCUGAUGAGGACAUGUUUCAUAGCAUCGCAACUGCCACAAAGGACCCAACUGUGCCUGCAAUAGCUGAAGUUUUUGCUUGCACAGUGGGGCAAAAACCAAGUAAAGCCAAAUACUACCUUGAGGACACUGUGGAUGUCAUAAAAUUGCUUCAGGCCCUGGCUUCUUCGUCUAACAACCAGGUGCCAACGCAUGCACAAUUUCAGUCAUCAUUUGGGUGCUUUGUUUGAACCAGAUGGGAAAGUGUUUCAGCUCCCUUUGGCUUUCUACACAGUUCUUUAAUUUAUAGAGUGAAUCAAAGGGAUAAGAUUUUGGUGGGAUAGGUUGAAAUUAGGUGUUUUUGGGGGCUUAGAAACUUGCAUACUGAGUUGGGUCUAUACUAUGAUAUUCCCUUAUCUGAACAGUGGAAGAUAUACUAGGGUUCACUAUAGAAGAUAUGGCAUAAAAAAGAUCAGAAUAACUCCAUACAUGUUACGGGUGACAUUGAUUUGGAUUAUCUGGUCAGUUAUAAUCAAAGAGUUGUUCUUCUUUUCUUCUUUU